CUGUAAGAGAUGCAAGGUUGCCUGGAAGGGACAUGACAAGUCAGGACAAGGCACAGGAAAAACUGUCUUGUAGUUCAGUUCCAGAUUGAAGUCCCUCAUUAGAUUGCCCUCUUCUAGACACGUGAAGGCCAUCAUUGCCACAAAUUAUAGUCCAUUUCUUACUCCUUCUGCUCAUGAUGUGCUUAUAUCUGUUAAUUCUUUAUACCCUAUUGCAAGAGAGCCUUAAUGUAGGCAGUCACACUAAAAUGGAUGUUAUGGAAGGAAAGGGCAAUCAACUAAUUCGUGAUUCAAAAGUGAUCUGAGAAAUCACAGAAGAUUUAUGUUGUCCACGACGAGCUUGCUAAACCACAUAAUGUGAAGAUUGCAAUUAUUUAACUACAGUGCAAUUUUUUAGCUGACCAUGCUGCAGAACACCUUUUGUUACUCAUGAGAAUUUUUUAUUUGAGGUAGAGCAUGAAAUAGUCAUGUGAAGACAUGAAUGUAUGCAAGCUACCACUCGUCAGAAAAAAGGAAAAUUAGUCACGUACUCAUUUAGCAGUUAUUUCCCCUUUUUUGGGAAAUCCAAACACGUUUUCUCUCUGUGCCUCUGUUUCUCUCAUCCUCACUCUACGGAAGGAAAGAAAGUUCUGUCUAAAAUGUCGUUUGGUUCUGACACAAAUCUGAUUGGGCAAUGAGAGACAAAUUUCCGCUGUGUGUUGAGCUAAACCUUAUAUAAGGUCCUCAGUAGCAAUUUCCAUGAUAUCUUCUUUUGUGAAAAGCUAAUGGCUGAAAGACUGCAGAAACACAGAUUUCAAAAGACUUUCCCUUGACCUUCUCCUUCCAAUUUGCUGUGGAAAAAAAUGCGUGGAAUCUUCUUUGUCCUGGUGACAUGCACAGCAGGUGCCUCUGCUUUCAGAUUCCAGCAAGUCAAAAGCAUGGAAAACUGCCCAGAUCACACUGUGUUUUUCAAACACUACUACGAAUUGCAUGGAGAACCUGUGGUUCUGAAGUGCCCUUCCCCCAGUUACAAACAUUUGGAUUUUUCUGCCUUGACUCCUAAUAUCACAUGGUACAAAAAUGGUUCAAAAACCAUGAUAUCGGGAAGAGAUGAAGAUCCAAGAAUCUGGACAAAAGAAAAUGCACUCUGGUUUUUACCAGUGAUGCUAGAAGAUUCAGGAGUAUAUAUCUGCAUGAAAAGGAACUCAUCCUACUGCGUAGAAGUCUCCAUCCACCUCACAGUCAUGGAGAAAACAGCUGCUCAGGAGAUUGCCUAUCCCCAGGUCCUCUUCACUUUCACUUCUGGAAAGAUCGUUUGCCCUGACCUGUGGGAUUUUUCACCAAAUUGGACAAGCCUAGAGCUCAAGUGGUACAAGGAUUCCUUGCCUUUGGAAGACAACAGUGAGAAAUUCGUCAUUCUGAAAGGUUCAACUUCUCUGAUCAUGACAUCUGUGCUACCAACAGAUGCUGGCUAUUACACUUGCAAGAUGUCAUUUCCAUUUGAAGGUGUGAUGUAUGAAAUCACCAGGACAAUUCAGCUGGAGACUGUUGAACGAGAGAAGAGAAUUACCCCAAUAAUUGUGUAUCCAACGCAAAAGACAACAUCAGCUGUUCUUGGCUCCAAGAUGACUCUUCCAUGCAAAGUGUUUGUUGGGCUGAGCAGCCAUGUCCAAACCGAUGUGGAAUGGCUGGCAAACGACACCAGUGUUGAUGUGGUUUAUAAACAAAGCAGAGUUACAGAGGGAGAACGACAAGAAAUUGUAGAAAAUGGUGAAAACUUCAUUGAAGUACCAUUGAUUUUUGAUUCUGUUGAAGAAAUGGACUUUUACACAGACUUUACCUGUCUGGCCCAGAACAGAUAUGGAUACCAAGUACUGCCAACAAGGGUCAAGCAGGAAGCUGUUGGCUUGUCCUGGUACAUUGCAAUGAUUCCCAUUGCAUUGGCCUGUGUGAUCGUGGGAGGGAUAUGCUGGAAGCGGAGAGACGAUAAAGGAUAUAGCAUAGCAAAGGUUUAAAUUCUGCCUGGUUCUCCAACUGCCAACAGAACAAAAAAUCACCAUGGCUAUCUUUCAUGUGAGGCACAGAGAGCAUUUCAGACCUGAUAUACUGCAUUCCCAGCAGACAGAUAUGUAUCAGCUCUUUCCCUCUUCUCCAAGUCUUCUAAGAUCUGAUGAAGUUCAGAAUAUAAGUUUCCAUUUUUAUACUGCCUAGAUGGAGGAAACUUGAUUCUAUUAUUUUGCAACUAGGGUGCAAUCUGUAGGAUUUUGGAACACAGAAUACUGGGAUCAUGCCCUGGAUAUGGGAAAAGUAGGGAAAGGAAGGUGCUCUU